UGGAUUGAACCAAAAAACCUAAACCCCGAAAAGCCAGCGAAAACCUUCUCUCACCCCCCACCAAGAAACACAUUACAGAGCAUUGCAAUGCCAGUGGAAACUAGGGUUAGGGUUUCUUUCUCUUCACGUUUCUCUUUCCCUCAACCCUCCUCCUGGUCAUGGUGAUGGAUAAUGGAGAGAGAGAAGAUGGAGGAGGAGGAGGAGGAGGAGGAGGAGGAGUAGGGGGAGAACUUGUGGAGAAGUUGCAUGUGGUUCAAGAAAUAGUGGGUGUGAUUGAAUCCGUGGCUCAAUUCGGAGAUUACAGGAGGACACAUAAGAAAGAUUGUAGUGGCAUUGUUAGGCGCAUCAAGUUGUUGCUGCCUCUUUUAGAAGAGAUCAGAGACCUUGAAACGCCAAUCCCGGAGACGGGUAUUGCUUGGUUGUGUAGUUUGAAGAAGGUGCUUCUUUGUGCGAGGAAAUUGUUGAAAAUGUGUAACGAGGGGAGCAAGAUUUAUCUGGCAUUGGAAAGUGAGGCAGUCAUGAUAAGAUUUCAUACAGUUUAUGAUAAGUUCAGUCAAGCUUUGGGAGAUUUCCCUAGCGUUGAAAUUGAUGUCUCGGAUGAAUUGAAAGAACAGAUUGAGUUGAUGUGCGUGCAACUCAGGAGAGCACGGAAACGAACAGAUACACAGGAUAUAGAACUAGCAAUGGAUAUGAUGGUUGUGUUUUCCAAAAAGGAUGACCGGAAUGCUGACAGUGCCAUAAUAGAACGGUUAGCAAAAAAGCUUGAUCUACAUACCGUUGAGGACCUUAAGAUAGAGACAAUAGCUGUAAGGAACCUUGUUAGAGAAAGAGGAGGGCAAAAUGCAGAUACUACUCAGCAAAUCAUCGAAAUUCUCAACAAAUUCAAACAAAUUGCAGGCAUGGAAUUAACCAAUGUUCUCGAUGAUCCUGUCAUGCCUAAAAUGCUUGAGAAAUGCCCAUCUCUAUUGAUCCCUCAUGAAUUUCUUUGUCCAAUCACACUCGAGAUAAUGACAGAUCCUGUUAUUGUUGCUAGUGGACAGACAUAUGAGAGGGAAAGCAUACUGAAGUGGUUUGACUCCAACCACCGGACCUGUCCAAAGACCAGGCAAACUUUGGCUCACCUGUCAAUAGCACCAAAUUUUGCACUCAAAAAUAUAAUUUUGCAGUGGUGUGAGAAGAACAAUUUUCAGCUUCCUGAGAAGCCUGAUUCUUCAGUCCAGGAAAUCUCCUCAUCUGAACACAAAGAGGAAAUCUCAUCUUUGGUUGAAAAUCUAUAUUCUAGUCUGUUAGAGUUGCAGAGAAAGGCUGUAAAGAAGAUCCGUAUGCUCUCAAAAGAGAAUCCUGAGAACAGAGUGUUGAUUGCCAAGAAUGGAGCAAUCCUGCCAUUAGUGCAACUCCUGUCCUAUCCAGACUCUAAAAUUCAAGAGCAUGCCGUAACAGCUCUAUUGAAUUUGUCCAUUGAUGAGGCUAAUAAGAAACUCAUAGCUAGAGAAGGAGCCAUUCCAGCUAUAAUAGAAAUCUUGCAGAAAGGAAGUACUGAGGCUAAAGAGAACUCGGCAGCAGCUUUAUUUAGCUUAUCAAUGUUGGAUGAGAUCAAAAUAACUGUGGGAUUGUCAGAUGGCAUUCCACCAUUGGUAGCCCUGUUGCAGAAUGGGACAAUUAGAGGUAAAAAAGAUGCUGCAACUGCACUCUUCAACUUAUCUCUCAACCAAGAAAAUAAGGCCAGGGCCAUUAAUGCUGGCAUUAUACCUCCCUUACGCCAGUUACUGAAGGACAGAAACUUAGGCAUGGUUGAUGAGGCCCUUUCCAUUUUCUUACUUCUUGCAUCACAUCCAGAUGGACGGCAAGAAAUUGGAGAGCUCUCAUUCAUAGAAAAUCUUGUUGAAUUCAUCCAAAAAGGAACCCCCAAGAACAAGGAGUGCGCAACAUCAGUUCUUCUUGAGUUGGGAUCAAACAAUUCAUCUUUCAUACUUGCAGCACUUCAGUUUGGAGUGUAUGAGCAUUUGAUUGAGAUUGCAAAGAGUGGAACCAACAGAGCACAAAGGAAAGCAAAUGCAGUUUUACAGCUCAUUAGCACGAGCGAACAAAUUCCCUAAAGCUAUAUCCAAUUUGCUGACUUCACUAUAGCAUGGAGUCCAAAAUCAACUUCUGUUUCAUUUCUGGAUGUUUGAUGUUCUCUGGCUGCCCACUGAAUUAGUUUAUCA